AUGCAGUUCAAGUCCGCCGUCCUUUUCGCAACCUCGUCGCUUGCCAUCCUUGCCGCCGCCUCCCCCACCCAGCUCUCUGCUCGCCAGAGCUGCGACACCGGUUCCAUCCAGUGCUGCGACUCUACCACCACCACUUCGGACCCCGUCACCUCGCUCUUGCUCGGCCUCCUUGGCAUCGUCGUCAGCGGUGUUGAUAUCCCCAUCGGUUUGAACUGCUCCCCGAUCUCCGUCGUCGGUGUCGGUGGGAACAGCUGCAGCGCCAGUCCUGUCUGCUGCACGAACACUGACAACGCCAAGGGCCUUCUUUCCGGCCUCAUCGGAAUCGGCUGCGUCCCCGUCAACCUCUCUCUUUGA